AUGGAUGAUACUCUAUGUGGAAAAUUAGAUUACUUGAGGAAGCAUUUAUCCGAUGAAUUAAGAGGAAAGGCAGAAACUGAAUUUAAAAAGAUUGCAAAUUACAAAAAUUACUGCCCUAGUGAAAACUGCGAUACUAAUCUCGAUCAAAUUACGAUUGGAUUUUUAUGGUUACUUGAACAAUAUUUUACUAAAUAUCCAAUUAAAGGUGAUAAUGAAUAUAAUAUUGAACCAUUUUUUAUAUAUAUUAUUUUAUGGUUAAGUUACAAAUUAAAUCAAAGCUCAGAGAACAGUACCACCAAAAUAUACGAUUUUUAUACUAAAAAUGUAAUUAAUAAUACUAAAUAUGGUAAUUUUAUAAGUGAUUCCAAUAGAUAUACUAAUCUUAAGGAUUUCAUAGAUAAACAAAAAGAUUUGCUGAAUAUUAAUAUUAAAGAUUUGUCUAAUUUUUAUGAUGCAUCCAAAUUAAUAUGUAGUAUGUAUUCUAAUAAAGCAACGAAUAUAAAUAAGGAUGCACUGUUAAAUAAUGCGAAUGAAUUUGUUAAAAAAUAUCAAGAACUUAAUAGAGAUUCUAAUAAUAUUGAUGGCAGUUCAUAUAAACAAAUAUUGUCUGUUUUAUCAACUGAUUAUGAUAAUAUAAAAAAUAUAAGUACCAAUAUUACAUCUCUUCCAGAGAUAACAGCAAACGUUUCUGCACUAUCAUCUGGAGAUACAUCAAGUUCUUCGAUAGGAACCAAAUUAUUUACAGUUUUAUCGAUAUUUGGCGCAAUAGCAUUUUUUUUAGGAAUUUCUUAUAAGUAUUCGUUAUUUGGAUUUCGGAAACAAUUUCAAAAACAAAAAUUAAGAGAAAAACUAAAAAAUGUAAAGAAGAGAAUGAAUCAUUAA